UCUGACACUUUCUUCUCUGUGCUCCCUGCUAAUCUUUUCACCAGGAUGAAGGUCUUGGCGAUGCUGGUACUGGUGGCAGUUUCCACCUUCCUGGUCUCAGGCCAGUCUACAACCAGUGCUCCAUCUGAUAGCUCUACUGCUGCCUCUGAUGCCACCACUGCUGCAGCCACCACAGCUGCAGCCACCACUGCUGCGGCCACCACUACAGCCCCUGGCUCCACAACCAGUGCUGCUCAAAGCACCACUCGAUCAAGCCUCAAGGAUAUAUUAAAGAAACUAUUUGGUUGAAAUAUUACUAAAAUGGAAUUAGCCUGGGUCUUCUGCAUUUGAUCCUGCUGGGCUCAGCCACAAUGUCCCCUCAUUUGAUUUAACUCAACUACUUACUACGUGUACCAUCUCUUUCUUAUCCCUAAUCAUUUUGUUUGUUUUCCAAUAAAAAAUAACAUUGA